GUAGCGUCGGUAUUCCAGUGCGCUCCUAACUCCACGUUCUUUUUAUACUCCCUGUGUGAGAAGCAUAUGAUCAUAACAGCUUGUCUGCGAAACUCAAUUUCAAAUGUUUUCUUAACAUCAUUUUACCGUGUUUCAGUUUUGACACUUGUCACCAAGCACAAACUCUUUUUCGAAUUUUAAGCCACAAAUUCUAAAUUCCAGUCACACAAAUCUCACUAUGCAAUCCGUUGAAGGAAAAGAGCAACAUACCCCAGAGUCAAUAAUGGAACGGCUGAAUCGAUUAGAAGCCGAGGUCAAACUGAUCCAGAAGACCAUUGUCAGACCCGAUGAACCUAUGGCGACUUCAACGUCUGACGAACAGAAGAAAACAGGCGACACAGAGUUGCUUUCCAACCAAGAGAGCCUCGUCACGGAGUCUCAUGAAGCACAGCUGCUUAUGCAGGAACCCUAAAAGCACUUGGACAAUAUCAGUAGAUUUUUAUCGGAAUAGGCAUACAUCUAGUUGGAUAAAAAUGAAUCAAACACAUUAGUUCAGUCACUAUAUUGCUACGCCCCAUCAAUAAACUCAUCACUAUAACUACGACUUUUCUUCUAGACACUGCUUUACUUCUUGAUCUGCGAAAUCCCGCAUCCCUAAAAUGCAGAUUUCCGACGGCCUGUAUGACCGGUAGUCUUUGGCUCCUCUAUAACUUGAACAGACGUGUCAAAAAUAUGGAGUUGCCCCACAGCAGUCUACUCUAACCUGAUCUUAGCACCAAGACUGAAUUUGACUAUGAAGUGCCCAACGUCCCGAAAAUUCCGAGACUUCCAGUUCCUUUGACAGCUAGUCCCGCUAUUCGCAGCUCUCUGUAAAAGUAGCAGUUUUUAUUGCCCUACGAUUUAGUUCUUGUUAUA